AUGGAAGAUGAAGAGUUAGAAUCUAUGAGUAGUUCAGAUGGUGAAGAUCUGGAAGUUGAUGAGGGGGAAUUUGAGCCCCCCACACCUCACUACACGAUGGUGCCACAACAUCCUCUCUAUGCUCACAACGACGAUCCUGACCUCCCUCCUAUACCAAUAUGGACUCCUGACUCUGGAUUCGUGGUUGGCCAAACAUUUGGAGGAAAGCCUCAGGUGGUCGAUGCAUUGAAAGAAACUGCUAUGCGAAGAAGCUUUCAAUAUCGUGUCAUCACUUCUGACACUAAACAAAUUCAUGUUCGUUGCGAGAACCAUGGCGACGGAUGCAUGUGGCAUGUUCGGGCGGCAUAUGUUAAAAGAAAUGGGGCUUGGCUCAUUCGUAAGACAGACAACAACCACACUUGUAGGUCGUCACUGAUUUCUCUAGAUCACCGACAAUUGAGUGCAAGGAAGGUUGCACAAACAAUCAAACAUCUGAUUGAGGCACAACCUGGGAUCACCGUGAAGAGUGUCAUCGCUGAAGUGAAGAAUCGACAUGGCUAUACCAUCAGUUACAAGAAAGCAUGGCAUGGGAAGCAAAAAGCUAUGGCAGAGGUGUAUGGUGAUUGGGAAGAGUCAUUUGCUAACAUGCCUCGUUUGAUUCUUGCAAUGGAGGACAAGAAUCCUGGGUCUGUUUUUGUGUCUAGUUACGAAGAUUUCUAUGGGGGUGCUAAACGGAGUCUGGAAGCUUUGAUGCGGGGUUUGAAAUUGAUGACCAUACGGUGA